AUGCCUACAGAACUCUGCCCCGUGUAUGCUCCCUUCUUCGGUGCGAUGGGAUGCACGUCCGCCAUCGUCUUCGCGUGCUUUGGCGCCGCCUACGGUACUGCCAAGGCCGGUGUUGGUGUCUCAGCUAUGGGUGUCCUGCGCCCUGACUUAAUCGUCAAGAACAUUAUCCCCGUCGUCAUGGCUGGUAUUAUUGGUAUCUACGGUCUUGUCGUGUCUGUCCUCAUCUCCAACGGACUGAAGCAGGAGUCUUCCCUGUUCGCAAACUUCAUCCAGCUUGGCGCCGGUCUCGCUGUCGGUCUGUCUGGUAUGGCCGCUGGUUUCGCCAUUGGUAUUGUUGGUGAUGCAGGUGUACGAGGUACCGCUCAACAGCCCAGGCUGUUCGUUGGAAUGAUUCUCAUUCUCAUUUUCGCCGAAGUUUUGGGUCUGUACGGUCUCAUUGUCGCCCUUCUCAUGAACUCCAAGGCCGGCGAGGACACCUGUGUCAGCAAGCUAUAA